UAGUGUUUUGUGUCCCCUCUCUGUGGAAGUCAUUCCUCGUGGCUUUACGUCUAGCACAGAAACACUGCGAGAUGAACAGUUCACUAAGAUGGCGUAGUGUGCUUGACUGUUUUUUGAAAUGGAUUGCUCUAAUCUGAUAAACGUGAUAAUUGUGAACCCAAACAAUCCAGUUGUGAUUGUGUUGUGUGCUUCGGCAUCGUGUUGGAAAAGUAAUUAGUACUGAAAUCGUAAGAAUGCGUGAGUUUAAAGUUGUGGUUCUCGGAUCGGGUGGGGUUGGGAAAAGUGCAUUGACGGUUCAGUUUGUUUCCGGAUGUUUUAUGGAAAAAUAUGACCCAACGAUUGAGGAUUUCUACCGGAAGGAAAUCGAAGUUGAUAAUUCCCCAUGUGUUUUGGAAAUCUUGGAUACCGCAGGAACCGAACAAUUCGCCAGCAUGCGCGACCUUUAUAUCAAGAACGGACAAGGGUUUGUGGUGGUCUACAGCUUGACUAACCACCAGACGUUCCAGGAUAUCAGGUCCAUGAAGGAGCUCAUCACCAGGGUGAAGGGCACCGAGCGGGUGCCAAUUCUCCUCGUAGCCAACAAAGUGGAUCUGGACCAUCAGCGGGAGGUCCAAACUAGUGAGGGCAACAGUUUAGCCCAGCAAUGGGGUUGCCCCUUCAUCGAGGCGAGCGCUAAGAACAAGACCAACGUUAACGAAGUGUUCGCCGAAAUCGUUCGCGAAAUGAACUUUAGCCCCGAAAAGGAAAAGAAAAGUUACUGUUGUUGUACAGUGCUCUAAUAGCGGCCUCAUUUCUUUAAAUUUAUGGGAACAAUGUGUUACAACAGGCGACACUCCGCUUGUGUGAACUCUAAUAAUUACAUUAUAGCACUGUGGACAAUUAUAAAUUUACAUUUAUAAAUAAUGCUCAUUUCUAGUAUACUUAACGUCAUGGAUGAAUAUUGGCUUAGAAAUGCACAAUAUCUAUAUUUUUAUACAUUGAACAAAAAUCAACGUAAACGAUGCAUAAAUAUUUUAUUUACGAGUUUUUUAAACCGAAUCAUAUCUACCAUAAGAUCUACAUUUGAUAGUGCCUGAAACUAGAAACACAAUUGCGAAUGUCUUACAUGGUUGAUGUUUAAUGAUCGGCCUAAUCAAAAAUGAUUUACUGGGCCUUUAUCAUGAUGCAUACUUAUCUCAUCUUUGAUGGUACUGUAAUAAUUAUGAGCUCAUAUUGUACAUACAUACUUUAAUCUAAUAUUAUUUUAUCAAAGAUCUGUGUUUGUAACAUAAAAACUUUUUUCAAUCAAAAGUGAUGUGUGCUUGGGGAUGAAUGCAUGUAGAACUAAGUAAUAUUGUUGCGAUAAUGAGUGCGAUUUGAGAGCCAAAUACGAUUUGUGAUAUAUACGUAUAAUAAAAAAAAUUAAGUGGA